GUCCAGCCGGAGGCAGCGACGUUGACUUUCUAGCCUACAAGUCUACUGUGCUGGAGCAGUGCAGGAGGAGAUGAACAUGGUGGCAUCAGGCAUCUGCCCCUUCUCAAGAGGCUAACUCCAUAAGUUAUUCCUCCUGAGACUGAGACCCAACCACUUCACCUCUGUGAUGAUCCAAUAAUUGUUCCUCUCCUUUCUCCUCCUCCUCCUCCUUCAGCUGCUGCUGCCAGAUUCAGCUGCAGCAAAUAUGGCGAUGAGGGCAAACCUGCGCAGAUUGUGGCAUGGGUCGCAACCGACGCACUCAUCGUUGGAGAGCAAAGGGAAGAGCGCACCGGCCUCGAAGCAUUCCCCUAUUAAGCUUGUAGUUGCCGCUUUGGUUGCCAUCCUUGUUAUCGUUUUCUUCAUCUCUAACAGCGCAACCUUCAGUUGGAGUGAACACGGAGUCCAUGCAGAGUCUCUCAAAACGCAGCCCUCCAAAGCACAAGCAGUGCCCGUUACACAGCCCUCCAAAGCACAAACAGUGCCAGUUACACAGCCCUCCAAAGCACAAGCAAUGCCUAUUACCUUAACCUGUUCAAACCAAACAUCACCCAUCUGCAAAAGAUCUUCCAAUCUGGUCUCAGCUCUUUCCCUCACCACUCCCCAGCAAUCCCCUACCUGUCCUGCAUACUUCCGGUGGAUUCACGAGGACUUGCGUCCUUGGAAGUCCACCGGAAUCACAAAAGAGAUGGUUGAGGGUGCUCAAAAGUUAGCGACCUUCCGUUUGGUGGUGCUUGACGGUCGAGUUUAUGUCGAGGAAUACUUUGGACAAUCCAUGACGAGGAAUGUGUUCACCCUCUGGGGCAUCCUCCAGCUUGUUAAUCGGUAUCCUGGGCGUGUCCCUGACCUUGAUCUCAUGUUCAACUGCGUGGACCAGCCGUCUGUUAGAUCUGCUGAAUAUAGCUCUUCGACUCUGCCACCGGUGUUCCACUACUGCAAGGAUGAUCAGACAUCGGAUAUACUCUUCCCUGACUGGUCCUUCUGGGGUUGGCCUGAGACCAAUAUAAAGCCAUGGGUGCCACUGAUGAAUGAGAUGAAAGCAGCGAAUGAAGAGGUGAAGUGGAUUGAUAGAGAACCCUUUGCAUUUUGGAAGGGCAAUCCGACGAUGGGCAGCAACAGGCAGGAGCUUCUGAAGUGCAAUGUCACGAAUGAACAGGACUGGAAUGCUAGGAUAUAUUCGCAGGAUUGGAAUCGGGAAGAAAAGCAAGGGUUCCAGCAAUCGAACCUGGCCAAGCAAUGCAGCCAUCGAUACAGGAUAUAUGUGGACGGUCUCGCAUGGUCAGUGAGCCAGAAGUACAUCAUGGCAUGCAACUCGCCAACAUUGUUUGUGAACACUCGCUGGUACGAGUUCUUCCAAAGAGGUCUCGUGCCGGGACAUCACUACUGGCCGAUACCAGAGAACAACAAGUGCAGGGCUAUCAAGUUUGCCGUCGACUGGGGUAAUCAGCACCAGGAGGAGGCACAAGCUAUGGGAAAGGCGAGCAGCAACUUUCUCACAGAAAAAGUGAAGAUGGACUAUGUAUAUGAUUACAUGCUGCAUGUAUUGACUGAAUACGCGAAGCUUUUGAGGUACAAGCCUACUGUACCGGAGAAAGCCACCGAGUUCUGCUUGGAGUCCAUGGCCUGCACCGCUCAGGAUAACGUGAAGAGAUUCUUGUUGGAAUCAAUGGAGAAAUCAACUCAUGUUUCAGAACCAUGCACAUUGCCUCCACCCUUCACUUCGCUGGAGCUCCAACAGCUGAGUCAGAAGACGGCUGAUGCUGUGAAGCAAGUGGAGAUGUGGGAGCAAAAAGCUUGGGUAGAACAAGGGAACGAGUUGUAAGCAUUCCAUGCACGCUAGAUUGUAGUGCAGUCCCACCAUCAUACGUUUCAUGGAACUGCAGCUACCAAUUUGUUCAUUUCUGAUAUCUCUAAAAGAUGUCAAAAUCUCUCCAGGCUCAUGAAGAAAUGUGUACUAUUUGAAUUCAGAAGAACAAAUGCCAACGCACUUUGGGAGGUCUGUAAGAUCUAUAAGAUCAUAAACAUAUACAUUAAUUAUUCUUUGUAAUUCAUACAGUAAAACAAAUGCAGUUGGCUUUAUUUUUGCA